GAGUGAGUGCGAGUUGCACUGGGGGUGGGGAGUGGGAGUUGUGCUAAUGUUGUAAUCGCCUGCGAGAAAGCAUCAAUCUCAGGUGGAUGCGGAACAACCCCAGGUGGUGGUGGUGUUGGUAAAUGCGGCUUCGGUGCUCGCUCGCUCGCUCGCACCGUAUCCACCAUCCCCUCUCAUUCCUCCUCCUAUACUCUAGGAUCUGGGUCUUUCCCUUCUGGGGUGGUGGUGGUGCUGGCUUCCUCCUCCCUCUCGGCUUUGUUUCUGCGUCGUCGGUUUCACGAGGCGGAGGAGUGUCGGGAGUCGAAGUGCGGGAUUCCAGGAUAUAAGAUGCGUUCGACUGCGCAGAGCUCUGGAAUCCGCCCUUUUUCUAACCUCUGCUGGAGUUAAAUUACAGGGUAGAGUUCUUGCAACCCAUGCAGGGCGACCAGAUCUUCAGCUCGAGGUAGGCUGUAAUGCCAGUGCCGCAUCAACCAACCGAGGUCACUUACGCCUUGUGCACGACUGUGGGUCAUUGAGCGGAGCCCCAUGAGUCUGCGAUCUGAGGCCAAGAAGCAAUUGCAUGAGGAUAAGGUUGAGAGGGUGGAAAUGAAGGAGACGGAGACCAUUAGGCGGCCGCUGCCUAGGUUCCAAAAGGACUCCACGAACUCUGUGAGCGCAGGUCGCGAGAGAGCACCAGUUUCGCCUCGGACAUGGCCGCUCCUCCCUUUCUUUGCGGCUGUUUUGUGUAUGGGCAUUCUAGGCAUGCGCCUUCUACCUCCCUCCAAGUAUACCAACUGGGCUGAUCCUUUCAAGAGCUGGGACCCCCAGGACAAGCGGUGGGCUUUUCCCAAUGUAAUGGCAUCUUUCCACUCAUGGAAGCGCAGUCAGCUUCAGGACAAUCGUAAUGCUUUUGAACAGGGGCUUCAGGCUGUUGUGUUAGAUCCCAUUCUAAAUGCAGAGUCUGAGGAGGGAACGAACUAUUCCCUGAAGAGGGAGGACGAGCCCAUUGACGUUGUAAAGAGGGAGGAUAUACAUGUUUUUGUUUGUACCGAUGAAGCUGAUCUUCGACCCCUUGCUGUAUUGAUUAACUCCAGCAUGGCGAAUUGCCCACAUCCAGAACGCCUUUUCUAUCAUUUGGUCAUGCCCUACAGUCAGAGGAAUGCUGCUAAACGUCUAAAACAUCUGUUUCCGAAUGCUAGAGUUGAGAUGGCCGAAAAGUAUAUCGACAUCCGUGAGGUGGAAGAGCAUAUCACUUUCCGGAAUGACACUGGAGCUCGCAAGGAGCUCGUCAGUCCCUACAAUUUUCUGCCAUUCUACCUGCCAAAAACAUAUAGCGAAAUUAGGCGAAUCAUCUACCUAGACUCUGAUAUUGUAGUAAAGGGAAAUUUGGAAGUGCUGAAUGAUGUGGAUCUUGAAGGUCAUUCAGUGGCGGCCAUUGAAGACUGCUCGCAGAGAUUUCAGGUUUACUUCGAUUUUGCACAAUUGGAUGAGAUUCAUAAACGACAGGGACCAGAUCGACCAAAAUGGCUACCAGAUGAGCCUUUCAACAAAUCAGCUUGUGUGUUCAACCGGGGGGUACUUAUUAUCGAUACCAAUCAAUGGAUUGAACAGAACAUUACCAAAGCUAUUGUUUGGUGGAUGGAUGAAUUUCGAAAGGCAGACAAGAAGGCAUUAUACAAGGCGGGUAUGUCACAGCCACCCUUUCUACUUGCACUCUACGGGAAACACAAGGUAUUGGAUGAGACAUGGAACGUUCGAGGUCUCGGUCGACCUAAUCUGAGUGAUAUGGAGAGGAUAUACUACAAAAAGGGUUGGAACUACACUUUCGAUCGAAUCCCUUUCAUGUCCCCAUUUGCCGAUGAAGCAAAUAUCCUUCAUUUCAAUGGAAAAUAUAAGCCUUGGAAGGGCAAGCGCCAUCGUGGAGAAAACGACGACAUUAUUUCGAUUUGUGGUGAUCCAGAGAAAGGCCAAGAAUGUGCAGGUUUAUGGUGGGAGUAUUUGUCCCCAGAAUCCAAUGAUUUUUUAAAGAAGAAGCCCUUGUCGAAGGGUAUUCUGUAGGAUGUAGAGUAGGACGUCUCACAUUUCAUUUCAUUCUCGUGUUUCGUAGUGCAGCUUAGUUCUGGGUUCACAAUCAGCUUGUUGUGUAAUUGCCGUCCCAUAUCCUGGGAAAAAUUUAAGACACGUUUUGGAACUUGGGAGAGCUAAUAGGAAUCUGGGGGCAGUGUUCCUUCAGGUGCGGUUUCUGAGCUCCUCCUCUGUAAACAAGGGCUAACAAGUGGCUCAUGUGUCUGGUUCUUCUAUAAUUCCAACAGCAUUGAGGCAUAAUCGAGGAAAAUUGAGGCAUUCAUUCCUUGUC